AUGGCAUCCAAGUCUUCACCCGCCAUUACCCUUUACCGCGGCUGGAACACACCGAAUCAAUACGUCUGGUCUCCCUUCGUCACGAAGGUCGAGUUCCGCCUGCGCACUUCCAACAUGUCCUACACCUGCGGCGUAGGAGGGCCGCGCUCCGGGCCCAGAGGAAAGAUUCCCUACCUGGAAAUCACACGUCCUGGGUCCGCUUCUGAACUCCUCUCCGACUCCACACUCAUUCUGAAGACCUUGUGCGAGCGCGCUAUUGUAAGAGACGUCAAUGCAGGUUUGGAAGGGAUAAAGACAGGCCAGGAUCUCGCCGUACGAGCCCUACUAGAGGAUAGAUUGUACUUCCUCCAAGGGCGCGAACGCUGGGUGCAGAACUACUACACCAUGCGCGACCACGCGCUGUGGUCAAUCCCCUAUCCCAUGCGUGUCCUCAUCGGCCUGCUCGCCUUCCGCGCCAACGUCAACAAAUUCUACGAGCAAGGCGCCGGCCGUUUCUCUGACGCCGAGACGCGCGCCCUGAUCAAGGAUGUGUGGGCUGGGGUGAGCGGUUUGCUGGAGGAAAGUAGGAGGAAGGCGCAUGGUGGGGAGUGCUUCUGGGUGCUGGGAGGGAAGGAGCCGACGGAGGCGGACGCGACGGUGUUUGGGUUUGUGGUCAGUAAUCUUGUGUGCGAUGCGGCGCCGGAGACGAGGGGAUUGUUGAAGGAGGACUUUGGGGUGUGCGUGGAGUAUGCGGAGAGGGUGCAUAGAGCGUGGUUUCCGGAUUAUGAGAUGUGGAGGUGA